AUAAAUUCGGUCGUUGUGGUCGGACUCUAUUAUGGAUUUCUGACCACAUUCUCCAUAGGGCCCUCUUAUCUCUUCCUUCUCCGAGAUCGGGUUAUGGAAGAAGGAACCGAGAAGGAGGUAUCAGCAACAACGGGUUUUAUUACGGGACAACUCAUGAUGUUCAUAUCGAUCUAUUAUGCGCCUCUCCAUCUAGCAUUGGGUAGACCUCAUACAAUAAUUGUCCUAGUUCUACCGUAUCUUUUGUUUCAUUUCUUCUGGAACAACCACAAAAACUUUUUUCAUUAUGGAUCUACUACCAGAAACUCAAUGCAUAAUCUCAGCAUUCAAUGUUUUUGUUGGUUGGUUAAUUGGUCACAUUUUAUUCAUGAAAUGGCUAUUAGAUCGAAUAAGUACCUUGUGUCAGAAUUGAGAAAUUCUAUGGCUCGAAUCUUUAGCAGAAUGCCGUCGCCUAUUGUUACUAAGAAACUAAAAGAAGAAACUGCCGAAACGGAAGAAAGGGGGGAAACGAAGGGGACUAAACAGGAAGAAGGAUCCAUCGAAGAAGACCCUUCCCCUUCCCUUUACUUAAAAAAAGGAGAGAUUAAUAAAAAAAGUUACAAUGCUGAAAUAAAGAAAGAAGAAGUUGAAGAAAAAAAAAAUUCAUGUAAUUUCGACUAA